AUGUGUGAAUUCCCUUUGGGAAUUGUCCAAUCUGGCUCCCUGCUCGCCUGCGAGUUCCUGCUGCAGAACGGGGCCGACGUCAACCAGCGGGACGCGCGGGGCCGGGCGCCGCUGCACCACGCCACCUACCUGGGGCACACCGGGCAGGUGUGCCUGUUCCUGAAGCGAGGGGCCACCCAGCACACGCCCGACGGGGACGGGCAGGACCCGCUGAGCAUCGCGGUGAGCGCGGCCAACGCCGACAUCGUCACCCUGCUGCGCCUGGCGCGGAUGAACGAGGAGAUGCGGGAGGCAGAGGGGCCCUUGGGCCAGCCCGGCCAGUACCCCAGCAACAGCCCCACGGAGCUGCAGUACAGGAAAUGCAUCCAGGAGUUCAUCAGCCUCAACAUCGACGAGUGUUAGGGACAGCCCCGCGUCCCCUCGGCCGGCCCGGGGCCGGGCGGGGUCCCUGCAGAGCCCCCCCCUCGGAUAUUUGGUGUUUUCCCUGCUGGUUGGUCUGGUUGUGAUGCCUGCACCCCUAGGGUUGAGCUGCCCUCAGGGGGUUUUUCCUUUUGUGGGGUUUGAGUUCUCAUGCUUGACUACUGGAUGGUUGAUUUUAUUUUUUUUGGGGGGU